GGCUUGCACAGAGGAUCACUUAAAACUGCGAUUGUGAUGAACUCGUAGAAAUGCCUCGUAUACGAAAGCGUCGUCGCGACAGGACUGAAGUUAGCUGCUGCAUCAAAUAUUUGAUGUUUGCUUUCAAUGUUGUUUUUUGGCUGUUUGGUGGUUCAUUGCUGGCUGUUGGGCUGUGGGCAUGGACUGAAAAGGACACACUGGCCAACUUCAGCAAGCUGACAAACAUUGCUUUGGAUCCAGCCCUCAUCUUCAAUCUCAUUGGUCUCACAAUGUUCAUCAUCGGCUUUGCAGGCUGUGUGGGCUCACUUAGGGAAAACAUUUGCCUUCUGCUUUUUUUUAUGAUAGCUCUGGGAAUCAUAUUCUUCCUGGAACUUCUGUUGGGUAUUCUUGGAUUUGUUUACAAAGAUUGGGUUCGAGAUCAGAUCGAGAGCCAGGUUAAGAAUAUGAUUGUAAACUAUCGUGAUGAUGCUGAUCUUCAAAACCUGGUGGACUGGGUGCAACAGGACUGGCUGGGCUGUUGUGGUGUACAUAGCUAUAAAGACUGGGAGGCCAAUAUCUACUUCAACUGCUCAUCUCCAGGUGUCGAGGCAUGUGGUGUUCCCUUCUCCUGCUGCAAACCCACUGAUGAAGUCAUUUUCAACAGACAUUGUGGCUAUGACAUGAUGAAAACCUCACAUGAUUAUGAUCGCAAUAUCCAGAUCUACACAAUGGGAUGUAUUCCUUCUGGAGAAAAAUGGUUAGAAUCAAACCUUUUUCCAGUGGCAGGUGUAGCUGUGGGUGUGGUCCUGUUGCAGAUUCUGGGGAUCUGCUUUGCUCAGAACCUAAGGAGUGAUAUACAAGCACAGCUUGCGAAAUGGACGUACUAGCAUUGUUGCUCAGGAAGCAGAUUGCAGGUAUCUUGGUUGCUUACCAUGGAACAUGGAAGUAUUUCUCAAAAGGCAUUCUUGUGAAAUUUAAAUGUCUUCAGAAGAGUACAUGUCUGGAUGCUCAAAAUUUGUCAGCAAGAAGUUUAGCUGAGAAUUAUGGUGUGUUCAGUGCAUGCUCUUCCCAUCUCAAAUCAUAUUAUGGAGGUGCUGUGAAAGAUGAAAAAAAGACACCUAUUAAAAAAAAAAGACCAAAAACAUCAAGUAGAGUGAAAUCCAGCAACACACAAGAGCAAAACUCCUUGCAAUGGUAUGGGAUGAAUCUGUAGAAGAACAGAAGGGCAAGGCUGCAGUUGUUAUCCAUGCUUGAUUAUUUGUGUGAACAAUAUCAGAGCCAUGGUAAAGGGUGAAGAACGUGUUUUGCCAUGUAUAAAGCGAUGCAACCUUUCAGUCUGGGGUCACCGUGCAUCAUGACAGCCUAUCCAGGUACAUGAAAUGUCUGCAGAUCACCCAUGAAACUAGUCCAUCACAUGUAUUGGCAAGAAAAGAGAACUGGAUGGCAGAAAUGAUGGAGCAGAUAAACCCAUCUUUGGAGAAAACUGCUGACCUGUCAGAGAUAGAUCUGCCCUGAUCUCUUUUCCUAUACCUGUCCCCCUCACCAAACUCCCCACUCCCCCACCAGUCGCAUAAUGACUACUGAUCUGAAAAUCAUUAUGUCUACUUGUUUGUGAUGGGCAUUUGUGUUUGAAGUGUCUAAAGCAAAUACUUCGUAUCUCAAGAGGAACUGAUAUCUCAAAGGGCAGUGGGCAGAAUAUCAAGAAUUUGGGAGUACCCAGUUCAUCUGUCCAGUCUGUUCAGUCAGUCUAGUUUGAUUAUGGAUGCAUGUAUGUUAGGAAACAUAUGAAACUAAUGAAUCUGACACAUAUGUAUAGGUCAUCUUUUUAAGGAAGCAGCUGUACUUAGUAACUUUUUAGAAGGGAAUAACUGAGAAAUUGCCAGUGCCAGAUGAAGAGGACAAAUCAUGUUUGAGCACUUAAUUACAUAUUAUGGAGAAUGAAUGUCACAGCAUUACAAAAGUCUUUAGCAGGAGUAUGGGAUGAGAUGUAACAUUUGUAACAAAGUUGUGACUUUUUAUUUCAUGGAAUAUUUGCAUGUGUGUCUGUUUCUAAAUUUACUGUUCAUGUAGUGCAACAGAGAUUUUUAACAAAGAUGUGAAGCAUUCACAGCUGCGUACAGACAGUAGUGAUUCUUUGACAGAGCAGUUGCAGUUUCUCUGUUCUUAAUUCCAAAUGCCUGCCUGCUGUGAAAAGCACAAGACUAUCAUUCACUACAGAAACUAAGAAGGCUUGGGAUUUACUGACCAGCAUGCAACACGACCAACUUCCAACAAUACCAAAGUGGGAGAUAGAAGACGGUGCUUCCCGUAGACAAUCACAGUUAGUUACAUAUCAGCACAGGGGUAUUUUUGUACUUUGUCACAUGAUGUUUUUGUUAGCUGUGUUGGGAUAAGAGAUAGAAGUGGAUAGAGACCACAAAAAAGUCAUGAAAUUUAAUGAAAUAAAAUUACAGUGCACCGACUUAGCUAAUCAGGAAAGCAAAUUUGAUGAUCACUUGUCUGUCUUAAAGCAAGCUUUAAAUUUUCUUGUUCUUCAACAUUUAGCAAGAUGAAUUAUUUCCCAAACAGGUGUUAAUGUCUGUGUCAUUGGUUCUUGGUUGGAAUCCUCACUGUGAGGUUUUGAUUUGCUUUCAUUACACAAUUCUGUGCAUUAGAGACAGAUGUAUUUUUCAGGAAAAGUUAUCAAUGUAGGUAAUCCUUACAGUAAUCCUAAUGUUGUUAUAGUGAUGUUACUAAGGGGUUUGAGAAUAUCCAGGUUAUGUUAAUUCACUAAAGGCUGUGAGGAAGUAGAUUUCUGGCUCCUUAAUUUAAAGACAAUAUUCAGAAAAAAAACUGAGGGUAUAAAAGACUAAUUACAAAAUAUGAUAAGGCGAAGCUUCUGUCCGAAGAAAUGAUGGUCAUAUUUCUUGGAUUGUCAUUGCUGGUAAUGAUCUACAUAUUUGUAAUGUAAUAACCAGCCUAUAGCCCUAACUGCCUGAUGUGAUCUAUGUGAAGAAGAGCUUUGUGAAAGGAUACACUUAUCUGCUGGCUGAAAUUUGUGGGUAUAUAUAUAUUUUGUGUGCACUGAAUGUGAACUGAGCAUUUGCAAGCUGUUUAGUAUCAUUUGAGGCAGAACUGAGACCAAGAUAAUUACAUGCAAGAUUUAAUAUGCCAGCCAGAGCUAAUUGGUGAUAAAUGUUGGUUCUGACUAAGCUAACUUGCUUUAUCAUCUGAUAGUGUUUUUUCUUUGAAAUAAGUGAUUUACAAUGAAACUGAUGCUUCAGAAAAGAGUAAAAACCAGCCAGCUACUCACCUUCCUACAAAAUACUCAGAUACUGGUUUUUAAUGCUUGAUUGUGGUUUAUUCUGGUUUUUAAUGCAUGAUGGCAAUUUAUUCUGGUUUGGAAAGCAAGGGGUAUGUCACAGAAUCGGUGGUAGAGAUGACUUUCUUAAUAUCAAAGAGAAUAUAUGUUAAAUAUAGACAACUGUUGUGGCAGCUUUCCAUCCUGAUAAAUAUGUAGUGUACUAAGUAUUGUGAGGGGAGCAUGUCAUUUUUUAUUUUUUUUUUACGUCUUAUGUGGUUUACAUACCUUAAGGCAUUUGCUGCUGUAUUUCAGUUUGCCACAGUUUAAUUUUGGAAAACUUGCAUUAUUCUUCUAUAUUUUACUGUAUAUUAUUAUUAUCUGCUGCGUGCCUGGUUGAUUAAUAUCCUGAGUAAUUUAUUCACAGAAAGAAAAUUCCAGUGAAAUUAUGAAAGCAAUUCUAGUCAUAAAUGUAAGAGUCUUCCCAACAAAACGAAAAUAAAAUAUGUGCAAGUCUAAUAAACUUUCACAAGUGUUCUGUGGUUAGGGAUACUCGCUAAGUGAUUUUUGUGCUCAUUCCCACUUAUACAAUACAAUAUAGCUUUAUUGUCUUCUGUCCACAACAGAUAUAGAAAUUUUUCUUUGUUGAGAGCUCUCAUAGGAUAAUAAACUGACACAUUAUUAGUGUUACUGUAAGAAAGUAAGGUUUGUUUGCUAGGUCCGUUCAUGUGUGAUGUUGCAGUUGGUUAGAAGGACUGGGCAAAAAACACUCUACUUGGCAAUUGGUUGUUUCCAUCUACGGCCAGAGAGUAGACUCUGGAAAUGGUGGUGUAGUGGGUGAGAGGGGUCUGUGAUAAUGCUGGCAGCUUUUAACCUCACAGCCCUGGUGUAUAAUUACCAUCCGCAUCGAACAGGCUUUAUGUUUUCAUAGAGAAAAAUUGCCAAACAUUUUUUAUUUAACAAUUUACUACUUAGAUUUUAGGGAAUAUAUUUACACCAUUCAUUUUCAUAAUUUUGGAUUCCCCCCUCCCCCAUUGCAAUGCAAAUCCAUUUAUUACAGACACAGGUUAGGUUGCAUGAACAUUUAUGUCUCUUUUUCUAUAGACACAAAAGAGUAGUGCCCUCUUACUCUUUGAAAUUUGUUCAGCACUUGGAAAGAAGAAAGCAACUACUGGAGCUCAUUCUGGGAAUUACAAGAGAGCAUAGCUAUGUAAAAAUGUAGUACACAAAGCAGUGAAUGUGAUGUUUCUUACUUGUGACUGGUAAUGAAUUGCUAUAAUUUUGUUUGUGUGUGUGUUUAUGGUUUUCAAAGGUGAGAUGAAUAAUGUUAUUCUGAUUUUGGCUUCUUUUUGAUUUAGUUUGGAAAUUUUGCUCUUUUUUCUCUAGUCAAUGACAAUAACAUUAAAUGUGGUUUGUCACAUUAGUGACAUUGAUUGUGGCUUGCCACAACUUUUUCAGCCUGACAGCAACCCACUGACCCAAGGCAGCUGUCUCAAAAUGUCAAAUGUCAGUAGUUAAAUGUUUCCUGUUCUGGGAUAAUAAGCUUCAUGUCUCUUUUUUUCUUUUUUUUCGGGCUCUAUUCACAGUUUUGUGUUGCAUUUUCUGCACUGUUCUUUUUAUGCUGCAGUCCUCCUGCUAUUUCUUAUAGUUUUGUUCAUCAUCAAUCACUUGAGAGCAAGAUAUCAGAAACAUUUAUAUUCAUCCGCAGUUACUUUCUUCAUCUUUAUUGGGAACCUACUGGAAAUAACAGAACUGUUGUAAACUGUUUAAAUCCUUUCUAAAGGAAAUGAAUGCUUAAAAAUCUUAUGUUCCAAACUCUUCCCUAUCCCAAAUCCCACCCAUGCCUGCUAUUACAUAGCUUUACACACUGACCUGUCCCCCCCCCCCAUCUCCACAUAUAAAAAAAUAUUUUCUUGGCAUAAAAUUUAUCAUGUGGGUUAUCAUCAGUUAAGUUUGUUGACAGCGUGAGAGAGAUUAUGUACAUUCAGCAAAGAAUAGCUGUGUUGCCACAGUGAAUAAAUGUUGCAAACAAGGAGGACAUAAGUGCAAUGUCCUCAGACUUCAUGCAUAAUUUAUAGUUUAAUGGCGUAACUGGAUGGCAUUCUUUGCAAUAUUUUUGUGACAAUUCGAAUCUUUGGAGCAGACCUUGCCAUCUUAGUUGAACCCUAGUGUUGUUGUCAGUGCGUUGUGUACAGCUUGGUUUGCUUGACUGGCUCUGUGAACCAAAAUACCUCUUUUUCCUUACAAUGUUUGCUGUUCAUGCCAACAAAUGAUUGUUAAGUAAGGAUGUUGCCUUCAUUUGUUUGGCCAUGCGAUCCAAACUACCUUUCUAUUUCUGUUCCUUACACCUACAGAAUGCCCUUUUUUUUUAAAAUGAAUCAAAACACAAUUUUUUGCUUUGCAGGUUAAAUGACAAUUUUCCCAAAACUGUUCAUACCUGCAAAUAGUAUUACUCACCAAUCUUUUGUUCACUUUGCUGGCUGUGUGAACAAAAUCAGCUCACUUUUUACCUGUGUAUGCAUGUUUGUAUGUACACAUCACCAAAUGUCUCCUGGCUGCAUUUUUUCACUCUGGUUCACCGCAUUGCAGAUGUGAACCACGUAACUCCUUUUAUUUUCAGUGGAUGUAUUGUUCACAUCAUUUAGUAUUGGAUCACUUUAAGUGGCUUUUCCUUUUCUUUUUUUUUUUUUUUUGAUACAUUUGAACAAAUCCUCCAAUUUUUUAAACCAUCAUUUUAUAUUGAUUAUAUUUAGCUUGUAUGUCAUUUAAACAUUUUAAACUUUACCUUAAAUUCUUUUGGCACAUUUUCCAAGUUCACACAUUGACACACCUAUAAUUUAUUUUUCAGAAAUCUUUGUAAAUCAUUUCCCUGUGGAUGUGAUUGCUUCUUUUUGUUAUCAAACGGUAGAGAUCUUUAUAGACCUUGAACCAGGUCUGUAUGUCCUUAUGUGUUGUGAGUGGAAUAAAUUCUAUACACCCACAA